AAAAAGUAAUAAUACAGCUGGAGAGAAUAAAGGAAAUACUAUCAGAAAAAAAAUGAAUAUAUAAAUAUAAAUCUAUAUAUGUUGUUCGCAGAAAGUAAAAGCAGAAACCACGUUAGAAAAUCGACAAUGAUGAGAAAAACGGUGGUGAAAUAACGGGCAAACACACAGGUGUUUUGUUUAUUACUCAUUAAAUGUUAGAGAUGAAGCAUGGAUGUUUACAACAUUUAUAGGAUUAAUGUUAAUGAGUAUAUAUGAUUUAAGUGUAGCAGAUAAUCCCCUUACUGUCGAUAUCUCUGAAGAUGCUGCUAUUUUUGAAACUGUUAGAAUAACUUCAAAAAUGAGUGCUAUUAAUUGUAAUAAAAAGGACAAUGAAUCGUUGCAAUCGAUUCAAAAACAGAUCUAUCAACACAAAACUGACAUGCUUGAGAGUAGUCGCAAUAUGGUUGAUUUAAUUUCAGAAUCUGAAGAAAUUGUAGCAGACACAAUAAUAAAACUUACUCGACAAAAACAAUUGAAAAACAUGAAUGAGAACGUAAACACAGUCGAUAAUACAUUGAUACAUACGCAAAAAAAUAAAGCGAAAUUUCGAUGGAAAUUACCUAAGAUAAUACAUUAUUUUCAACACUCUAGUAAAUCAAAUAUUAAUAAAGAUGUGUCAUCAGAACGAAGACAAGAGACGGCAAUGCUUCAAAUGCUAAAAUCUGAAGAGGAAAAUACAUAUCUUGGAAAAUCAACAUCACUAAUGGAUGACAUAGAAAAAGAAACAAAUGAUGCUUUUAGUAAGUGA